AUGGCCCUGAGCGAGUGGGCGCUGGUCCGCCUGCUGCUGGACGGCCGCCACUCCCGGAGGCUCAUCCUGUUCAUCGUGUUCCUCGCGCUGCUCCUGGACAACAUGCUGCUCACCGUCGUGGUCCCCAUCAUCCCAAGCUACUUGUACAGCCUCGAGCACGAGCAGAACGCAACCGAGGUCCCGACUGCCCGGCCAGCGCCCACGGCCUCCCCCUCGGACGGCUUCCGGAGCAUCUUCUCCUACUACGACAACUCCACCGUGGCCACCGGGAACACCACCGGGGCCCUCCGGGGGCGGCCGCUGCCCACGGCCAGCACGCAGCCCACGGUGACCAACGCGUCCGCCGGCCCCUCCGAGUGUCCCAGCGCCGACAAGGACCUCCUGAACGAGAACGUGCAGGUCGGCCUGCUCUUCGCCUCCAAGGCCACGGUCCAGCUCAUCACCAACCCGUUCAUAGGGCUGCUGACCAACAGAAUCGGCUACCCGAUUCCGAUGUUUGUGGGAUUCUGCAUCAUGUUCGUCUCCACGAUCUUGUUCGCCUUCUCCAGGAGCUACGCCCUCCUGCUGAUCGCCAGGUCCCUGCAGGGCGUCGGCUCCUCCUGCUCCUCGGUGGCUGGGAUGGGCAUGCUUGCCAGCGUGUACACGGAUGACGAGGAGCGAGGGCACGCCAUGGGGAUCGCCCUGGGCGGCCUGGCCAUGGGGGUCUUAGUGGGCCCCCCCUUCGGCAGCGUGCUCUACGAGUUUGUGGGGAAGACGGCCCCGUUCCUGGUGCUGGCCGCCCUGGUGCUCCUGGAUGGAGCCAUCCAGCUCUGCGUGCUCCAGCCGAACCGGGUGCAGCCGGAGAGCCAGAAGGGGACGCCGCUGACCACGCUGCUGAAGGACCCCUACAUCCUCAUCGCCGCAGGGUCCAUCUGCUUUGCAAACAUGGCCAUCGCCAUGCUGGAGCCGUCCCUGCCCAUCUGGAUGAUGGAGACCAUGUGUUCCCACAAGUGGCAGCUGGGCGUCGCCUUCUUGCCAGCGAGCAUCUCUUAUCUCAUUGGAACCAAUAUCUUCGGGAUACUCGCACACAAGAUCGGGAGGUGGCUCUGUGCCCUGCUGGGGAUGAUCGUUGUGGGGGUCAGCGUUUUAUGGCUUCCUUUUGCCCAAAGCAUUUAUGGACUCAUCGCCCCCAACUUCGGAAUUGGCUUUGCAAUUGGCAUGGUGGACUCCUCCAUGAUGCCCAUCAUGGGCUACCUGGUGGACCUGCGGCACGUGUCCGUCUACGGGAGUGUGUACGCCAUUGCAGACGUGGCUUUCUGUAUGGGAUACGCGAUAGGUCCUUCCGCUGGCGGGGCUAUCGCGAAGGCAAUUGGAUUUCCGUGGCUCAUGAGAAUCAUUGGAGUAGUUAACAUUCUUUUUGCUCCUCUCUGCUUUCUUCUUCGAAGUCCACCUGCCGCAGAAGAAAAAAUGGCUAUUCUCAUGGAUCACAACAGCACGGUUAAGACAAAAAUGUACACUCAGAACAAUGUCCAGGCGUAUCCGCUGGGUGAUGAAGAGUCUGAAAGUGACUGA